CCGUCGCCGCGGCGGUUGGGUGGCCGGCGCCGCCGUUGUGUGCCGGGGCCGCCGGGCGGGGAGGGGCUGCCGUGCGCGGCGAGCGCGGCCCUCGGACCCGGGCCCGCGGGCGGGGCGGCGCGGAGGGCAGUUCCUGGAUUAUAUUUUAGCUCUUGCCAACUGGAGAAAAUGAUGGAGAAUGCUUAGAACACUUAGAUUCAAACUGCUCUCUGGUCAGUCAUCUUUCAAGGCUGGACUUGUGGAUCGCUCUUCCAUCCCAUCCCUGUUGACUUUGUAAACAUGGCCGUGAAGACCUGUGAGAGUGGCAGGCGUCUGUGAACUUUGACCUUACCUGUCAGUAACGCUGGCAACUUCCUCACGAGUUUUACAAUGACAUCAGCAGUGAUUGAAAGUGGAAGUUCUGUCUUGGAGCUUUCCAGCAAUGGAGUGAAAACUCAAGAGGCUGGCGGCCAGGACGAGGGCUACCCGGCCGUGAUCGUGGAGCCGGUCCCCAGCGCCCGGCUGGAGCAGGGCUACGCGGCGCAGGUGCUGGUGUACGACGACGAGACGUACCUGAUGCAGGAUGUGGCGGAGGAGCAGGAGGUGGAGACGGAGAGUGCGGACACAGUGGAAGCGUCGGUGCAUGGCAGCAAUGCGCACUGCACGGACAAGACCAUCGAGGCUGCCGAGGCCCUGCUGCACAUGGAGUCCCCCACCUGCCUGCGGGACCCCCGGAGCCCAGUGGAAGUGUUUGUCCCUCCUUGUGUAUCAACUCCAGAGUUUAUCCACGCUGCCAUGAGGCCAGAUGUCAUCACAGAAACUGUGGUGGAGGUGUCCACCGAGGAGGCUGAGCCCAUGGAAACCUCUCCUGUCCCUACAUCACCUGACAGCCACGAACCAAUGAAAAAGAAAAAAGUUGGCCGUAAACCAAAGCCCCAGCAGUCUCCAGUUUCCAAUGGGUCUCCUGAACUAGGCAUAAAGAAGAGACCCAGAGAAGGAAAAGGAAACACAACCUAUUUGUGGGAGUUUCUUUUAGAUCUACUUCAAGAUAAAAACACGUGCCCCCGGUAUAUUAAAUGGACUCAGAGAGAAAAAGGCAUCUUCAAGCUCGUGGACUCCAAGGCGGUCUCCAAGUUGUGGGGCAAGCACAAGAACAAGCCGGACAUGAACUAUGAAACCAUGGGCCGGGCUCUGAGGUACUACUACCAAAGGGGCAUUCUGGCGAAGGUGGAAGGGCAGAGGCUUGUGUACCAGUUCAAGGACAUGCCCAAGAACAUUGUGGUCAUCGACGAUGACAAGAGUGAGGGCUGCGGCGAGGACCUGGCAGCGGCGGACGACAAGUCCUUAGAGCGCGUGUCCCUGUCCGCCGAGGGUCUCCUGAAGGCGGCCUCCUCCGUUCGCGGGGCGAAGAACUCCUCUCUCAGCUGCUCCAGGGCAGAGAAGGGUCUGACCCGAGUGGUGAACAUCACUUCCCCUGCUCACGACGCCUCGCCCAGGUCGCCCCCCACCACUGCCGCGGUGCCCGCGCCAGCAGCCCCACGGACGGUGCGCGUGGCGAUGCAGGUGCCCGUGGUGAUGACGUCGCUGGGACAGAAGAUCUCCACGGUGGCAGUGCAGUCGGUGAAUGCAGGUGCCCCCCUGAUCACCAACACGAGCCCCAGCACGGCCGCCUCCCCCAAGGUGGUUAUCCAGACCAUCCCCACCGUGGUGCCCGCCUCCGCCGACAGCGGGGACAAGAUCACCAUGCAGCCCGCCAAGAUCAUCACCAUCCCCGCCACGCAGCUCGCCCAGUGCCAGCUGCAGACCAAGCCCAGCCUGGCGGGUUCGGGCAGCAUUAACAUUGUGGGCACGCCCCUGGCCGUGCGGGCACUCACCCCCGUGUCCCUGGCCCACGGCGCGCCCGUCAUGAGACUGUCCGUGCCUGCCCCGCAGGCCGCAGGCCAGACCCCGCCCCGCGUCCUCAGUGCGCUCAUCAAGGGGCCCGAGGGGAAGCCCGAGACCGUGAAGCAGGAGCACGAGGUGAAGACUGUGCAGCUGGUGCAGGAGGACAGGCCGGCCGACGGGGGCAAGACGGUCACCCGAGUGGUGGUGGUCAGCGCCCCCUCUGCCAUUGCCCUGCCAGUGACUAUGAAGACCGAGGGGCUGGUGGCGUGUGAGAAAUAGGACUCCGGGCCGUUGGUGAGAGGACGGCGAGGGAGAAGUCACAAGAAGACUUUAAAACCUUUUUAGUGCACACGAGGAAACAAUCAGACUUACUGGAAAUCAGCUCGCUCUCCCAUGUUUCAGUGGGAGAUGAACUGCAGGACUGAGAUGCAGGAAGCGGCGGACCCGCCCCAGGACGAGGCUCGAGAGGGACCAAGCAGCUCACUACAAGGUCACGUCACACUAAGACUCAGAACACUAAGGUUCUGUGAGAGGCCGGCAGUUUUCCGUGGGGAGGGGCUGGGCUGGGCGAUCUCAUUGUUACAUAGAGCAAUUCUGAUGCAUUUUUGUAUGCAUACCAGCAAUUAUCCCUGUGCUCACACAGGACUCACUUCACUGGUGCUAUGUGGAGACUCCGCUAACAUAGGUGUUUUCGAAUGUGAAUUGAAGAAUGGAUCCAAACGUUUCAGAAAGAAAGAGGGGAGAGCAAAAAGAAAAGAUCUAGUGCGAUUUUUUUUUUAUAUAUAUAUAUAUAUAUAUCAUAUAGCUUACGCUGAUUUAAAACAAAGGCCUUAGACUAAUUUUCGAUUUUCUUUUCUUGAAAUAAGCUAAUGGCUUAUUUGUGUAAAGCUUUUUUUAUUAAAAGGAAAAAAUUUUAAAAAUCUUGUACCUAGCACAGUAUUGUUAUAGAAUUUACAUGUAACAUUUUCUAUGGUAGUUUAAGUCUGUCGGUUUCAUAAUUGUGGACAAAUCAACAGUCAGUUCUGGCCUUUCGCUGUCACCCCGUGUCACUCAGCCCUGGCACCUGUGCAGGUGUGGGAGGGAUUCAGUUUGACUGUCUGUCACUUGGAAGCUCAUUCAGGCUCAGCAUGGAUUUUUGUCAGGUACCUUUGAUACCUGGAGUUUCCCCCCCACCCCCCCUUUUCCCCCCUUUUCCUUUUUCUUUCUUUCUUUUUUAGUUGAAGUUUAAGAGGGAAAGUACCAGUGUUCAGAUUUGAACUAUAAUAGUUUGUAUAUUCAACAUUUGAAGUAUAUUCUAUUUUGUUGUACUCUUGUUUCAAAGUGUAUUCAAGUAGGUUUUCUGAAAUAUAGAAAUGAAAUUUA